UUUCUUUUCUCUCUUCUCUCUCUCUAAAAAUUCUCAAGGCACUUUCUCUCUCUAAAACAAGAGCUCUGUGUUUCUGAGGUUGGAAACUGUUGUGUUGGUGUUCGGUUUUUCUGCGUUGUUUGGUUUGGUUGGGAAUUCGGUUCGAGAGAGAUAGUGUUUGAUCGGCUCUAGAGUGACAGGUAGGUGGUGGUUGAGCGAGGGUGAGAGUGAAUUAUGAAUGAAUGGGAAUUCUGGUGAGAGGCUUUGUUUCAGUGACGGCUCGGUGACUCACUGACCCGACCAAACCAAUCAUGGACUUCGAUGCCGGAAUUCCAAUGUCCCGUGCUUCUGCCGCCCCGCCGGUGACCGACGAAGCUCCCUCCCUGUCACCACAAGAUGCAAUGUGGCAAAUGAAUUUGAGAUCAAGUGAAACUAUGGAACCUGGACCUUAUCCUGAGCGAGCCGGAGAACCAGAUUGUUCUUAUUACAUCAGAACAGGCCUCUGUAGAUUUGGGGCAACAUGUCGCUUCAAUCAUCCCCCUAACCGAAAGCUGGCUAUUGCCACCGCAAGAAUGAAGGGGGAGUUCCCAGAAAGAGUUGGACAACCUGAAUGCCAGUACUACCUGAAGACAGGAACUUGCAAGUUUGGAGCAACAUGCAAGUUUCACCAUCCUAGAGACAAGGCAGGAAUUGCUGGAAGAGUUGCCUUAAAUAUCUUAGGCUAUCCACUUCGACCGAAUGAGAUUGAAUGUGCUUAUUAUUUACGAACUGGGCAAUGCAAGUUCGCAAGCACUUGUAAAUACCACCAUCCACCACCUACUAAUAUGAUGGUUUCAUUGAGCGGUUCUCCUGUAUAUCCUACUGUCCAAUCUCCAACUACGCCUGGUCAACAGUCAUACCCGGGAGGAGUAACAAACUGGUCAAGAGCAUCUUUUAUUCCCAGUCCACGCUGGCAAGGUCCAUCAAGUUAUGCUCCUGUUAUUGUUCCUCAAGGAGUGGUAUCAGUCCCAGGAUGGAGCGCAUACAGUGGCCAGGUUGGCUCCAUUUCAACUUCAGAGGGGCAACAGCAAACAGUAGGAAACAGUCAGGUUUAUGGAACUUCACGCCAACGUGAACCGGAAAAUUUAGGAUCUCAAGGAGCCUAUUCUCCAUACCGGUCUGGUUCCAUUCCUGUAGGGUUCUAUGCAUUGCCGAGGGAAAAUGUAUUUCCUGAGAGACCUGGUCAACCAGAGUGCCAGUUUUACAUGAAGACAGGUGAUUGUAAGUUUGGUGCAGUUUGUAGGUUCCAUCAUCCUAGGGAGCGAUUAAUUCCUGCUCCAGAUUGUGUUUUGAGUCCAAUAGGCCUUCCUUUGCGACCGGGAGAACCUUUGUGCAUCUUUUAUUCUCGUUAUGGUAUCUGUAAGUUUGGUCCGAGUUGCAAGUUUGACCACCCUAUGGGUAUCUUCACUUAUAACCUUGCUGCAUCAUCUUCAGCUGAGAGCCCUGUGCGCCGGUUGUUGGGGUCGACAUCAGGCACCACUUCAUUAAAUUUAUCAUCAGAAGGUCUAGUUGAAGCAGGAUCAGCAAAGCCUAGGAGGCUUUCACUAUCAGAGCCUAGGCAGAUGCCUUCUGCAGAAGAAAAUAUUGACACAGAGGAAUGAAAGCUGCUCAUAAACAAAACGAGCCGAUCUAAAUUUAACAGUCAUUGGGGGAUGAUAAACAAGAGUUUAUCUGUAAAUUCAUUUCCAAUUUCUGGGAGGUUUACAGAAAUCAUGUCAAGUUGAUUAUGUCCUGAUAUAAUGAAUUCAGCUGACAGACUCAACCUUCUGAAUUUCACAUUGAUGCUUUGCAUUGUAUAAAAGUCUGCAAAUACUGUCACAUUUGGAAAAAACCCAAUGUGAACAUUCUCUCCUUCCCAAAUCCCAAUUUUCUGACUUUGGUGAUUUAGUUUGCCCCAGUAUAAUAUGUAAAGCACUUCUUUUUUGCAAUAUAAUGGCCUCCCUCUCACUUUUAAGGUUCUUC